AUGCAGUCGUGCUGUUGUAGAGGAGUGGUGCUGACUACUCGGACUAAAUACUCCACGGUGACGACCCCAACUAAUACUACUACACUGGGUACACAGCAGACAACGAAAAAUGUAACCACUGAAUUUAAUAGACGUGGUUCUGAAGCUGUAAGUGAGGGAUCUGGAUCUUCCUCUAUUCAAUAUAUUGAUCAAGAGAUUUCAGCAUCUACAAACAGCAGCACCGAUACACUGCCAGGUAUCAAGACAGAUUAUUUAGAAUCAGCUCCAUUAUCACCUGAUCCAGUACUACUAGUUACCAAGGAUGUCAUCAUCACAGCAACUGCGACACCAACAACGGUAACAAUUAAUGGAAUCCAAGAAGACAUCACAACAAUAUCAUCAUCAUCAUCAUCAUCAUCAUCAUCAUCAUCAUCAUCAUCAUCAUCUUUUAAACAACAACCACAACAAAAGGGUAAUGGACGAUGGCGGAAAAAAUUUCUCUUGCGUCUUAAGGCUGACUACUUAUCAAAUUCCCAAAAUAAUAAAAACACCAAUGACCAAAAUUGUUUUUCGCCAUUGUCAAAUAUAUCAACGUCAUCCUCGUCCUCGGCAAGGGAUGCAUCAAAAUCAUCAAGUCCAUUGAUAACCAGAGGAGACGUUGACUCUAAACUCGUUAAAGUUGGAGCUUUCAAGGCCAGUUCAACCAAUGAUAUUCCAUCUUCGUUGAAUGGAUUCAGUGAAGAAGAGGAUGACGACGACGAUGAUGAUGAUGAUGAUGAUGAUGAUGUUGAUGUUGAUGUUGAUGUUGAUGUUGAUGUUGAUGAUGAUGAUGAUGAUAACGAUGAAGAGGGGAUCAUCCAAGGAGAAGAAGAUGAUGAUAGUUGUGAAGAGACUGAUCAAGGUUCAUCAGUACCGUCCAGUCCAGCUGCUGCUAUCUCCCUCGCUGGUUUACCACCCACUCAAGUGCCGUCUUAUUACUCAUUUCUUUCAGUAAAUGGUGGUGCGAUGCGACAAGAAACUACGAGCACCAGUUCGCCUCAGCUGUCAACUGGAGUGACACCAGCGACAAACAAUGAACGGGACUUACCAUCGGAAACAGCAGAGACCAGUUCGGUAACAGAAGAGUGUUUACCCGUGGGGAUGAGCCUAAAGAAACCGGAUACCUUGGAUCCACCCAGUUGUUUACCUGCCGCUCGUUCCUGUCCUAAUCUCGAGCAACAGUCAAACGGGUUCUCUUCUACCAGUGGUUCCUCCAGCCCGAGUCCUAGUCCUGGUCCCGCUGGACCAAGAUUUAAACCCCUUGCCGAGGGAGACAUACAAGUCUGUUAUUUAAAUCACGCGAGGACACUAGUCAGUAAAAUAUUGUCGAGUAAAUUUUUACGACGAUGGGAAACCCACCACCUUUACCUUAACGACGCCUGCCUGUCGUCUAAAACAUUGACAGGAUUUCUUCAACAACCAGUACCGUACAGCAGUAUGACUGAAGUAUAUGCAGUUGCAAGAUGGGAUCCAACAUACAAAUAUUGUUUACGAAUAGUAUUGCCGGAUGGAUCAUUAUUACUUCAAGCUAGUAACGCUUAUACAAGAGAUCAAUGGUAUCACUCUAUUCUUUGGAAGAAAAGUAUAUUUAAAUACCAACACACAGUAUCAAUAAAUACUAAAGAAGAUAUAAUUCUUAAAGAGCUAAAAUCAAUGGUAGACUUUGCCCUGUGGACUCCUCUCCAAGAUGAACGAGUUAAUGGUACGCCUUUGGAGGCAGUAGCUAAGCUUCUUGAGGAUUCGCCAAUACCUAAAUUAUCCAACAGUCAAGAUAAUAAAAUCAAUCAAGAGGAUAGAGAAGAAAUAGAAAAUUUAAACGACCAGAGAAGUUGGGCAGAAGCUGUGCUGGGUGUUGCUGCACCGCUUUUAGAAAAAGCACCGCCACCUCCAGUUUUGGCUCGUGCAUUAGCUCGUCUCACUCACCAGCAUCCAAAAUCAUCUCUGGUGCCAGCUAUCGCCCCAGCAAUCACCCGUUGCCUAAAGCACACAGUUGAUUUUGGUAAAUCUCCAGACAUGCGGAAGCUUAUUCAAGUAUUUAUUGCUGCUCUUUAUCAAAAUGACGACGGUGAGCAGUCAAUCAGAGAUUACAUUAGUUCUAUUCAUGGACCCGGGAGUGAUUGUCCCCAUCCACUUCCAUUUCCAGAAGGUGCUUUAGCUAAUAAACAAGUUCAAGAGACUAUAAUGACUGAUUUAAUGUGUCGAUUGGCUCAAGACACACGUUGUACUGUCCAUCGAGUUCUUUUACCUGUAAGAGAAUUGCGGCCAGGAUGGAUUCAUAUCGCAGCUCCGUCCAAUCCAGCUUGCCCUGAUGACGGUACUCUGUUUGGAAAAAUGUUAACAAGCCUACUGGAAUGUUGCUGUCGUCGUAAAAAAUUUAUCAGUUCGCUGCUUAAGCAAACUGGAAGUGCGUGUAUACUUUUGGGAGUAAGAGGUUGUGACGCAGCACAAGAAGCUCUUUGUCUUAUGCUCGAGUGGCGUCUCUUGCCCAAUGAGGAAGCAAGACUGCAAGUUGUCUCAGCACUACAAUCAACCCCCUCGGGUAAAGAUCGCUACUCAGCUCUCUGUCAGCGACAAAAAAAUCUUCAGGAAUUGGUAAAUAUAAAUAGAUUUUUAUUUUUAUUAUUUUUGUUUUAAUUUUUUUUUUUUUUUUUUUUUUUUUUUUUCCUUUUUUUUUUUUUUUUUUUUUUAUUAAAGCAACAAAAAGGUGGUCCGAAAAAAUUAGUUCUUCCUGUACGAGCAACUGAUGCUGACGUAGCUCUGUUACUUGGUGGUGGUGCUCUUGGUAAUUUGGAGUGUCUCAGUUUGGCGUUUACUUCAGUAACAUCUGCAUGUGCUGAACAACUCAUCAAACUACCAGCGUUGAGAUAUUUAAACUUAUGGGCGACCCAAUUUGGUGAUGCUGGACUGCAAAUGAUAAGUGAGCAUCUUCAAAAACUUCAGGUGCUUAAUCUCUGUGAAACACCUGUUUCUGACAAGGGUAUUUCUACACUGGCCUCACUUACAAGCCUCAAAAAGUUAAAUUUAAACAGUACGAAAUUAUCUGCUCAGACAUUUGAGUCGCUCAAAAAACGUUUGCCAUCUCUUCAAGAGUUUGACGUACGUUAUACUGAAGCCUGGUGA